AUGUCAGGAAGGAACUACAAAUUGGCCAAUAGCUCAUUGUCCCCUAGUGGAUGCUCCACCUCUUAUUCAGAUUGCAUAUACAAGGCGUCGGAGUCUGUGAGAACGGGAGUUUAUAGCACCGACAGCUUUCCUAGAACGGCAUAUAGAAGAAAAGCUUAUCAUAAAUUCUUAGUAUCUCCUUGUGCUUUCAACACACAAGACAGAAGAAUAUAUGCAAAGUCCUCAAUUCCUUUAUAUAACGUAGAAUUUAUAAUUCGUAUUGGGAUCAGCAACCUGUAUAUCUGGAAAAUAUGUAUUAAAUGUUGUAGUUGA